AUGGUUUCUACAAACGAGAAGAAGGUUGCACCAGCCAGCAAGGACUCACCGUCGACAAAGUCCUCGAAGAUGCACAGAAGGUCUAGAUCUGGCUGCUUCACAUGUCGCCUGAGACGCAAGAAGUGUGACGAAGGCAAACCGAAAUGCAAGGCUUGCCGACAUCUGGGUCUUGAGUGCGAAUAUAAGAGGCCGCAUUGGUGGGGCAACAACGACAACCGAAGAAAGCACAAGGAACACAUCAAGACUGUCAUCAAGAGGACCAAGACGAGCGAGAAGAGCUUGGCUUCGCAAAGUCAAUGUAAGACCAAAGCCCAAAUAUAUCCCACCAAAUCAGCGUUUGAACAGUUGUGUCUAACAUCCAACCUAGAUACCUUUGGCAGCACGACCCGGGACACCUCAGAGGAUUCGCCGGAUGACUACGACGGUGAUACUGCUUUUGACCCAUCGUUUGCAACCACACCUGGCAUAUAUGACCCUUAUAUUGCGAAUCUCUACGUGCCGCACCCAGACCACUGCCCCCAAGGCUACCCGUGGGAAGUUGACGUCAAGACUGAACGUCACACCUAUGUCAACGACGAACUCACUCGUCGAGACUCGUCGAUAUCAACCUUUAGUACCUUCGUCCCGCCACCUGCCCAGACCACACUGCCGUCUUACACUGGAGAUGACUGGGUGCAACAUGACUUUUACGAGAGCCGACAGGAUUCGUUCAGUGGUGAGGAGAACCUAGACUUCAACUUCUUCGACUUUUCCUCCCUCGCACAACAGCCUCGACCUCAAUCUUCAACUGUCCAACUCGAAGACUGUGACCGUCCGCUUUUCGACCACUUGUUGGAAGACGUGCUGCCUCUCCUGUUUCCCGUUCUCGAGGCCAAUCAACACGGCUCCGUCCGCGCAGAUGUGAUCCUUCCCGCCCUCGAAGACAACAAGGCAUACCUACACUCUUGCCUGCUCGCUGCCGCCACACACUUGAAGGCAACUCAGCCAUACUCAAGCUCCAGUACGGCCGACGACGAUGCCAUGCGCCACAAACUUGCCUUUGUGUCAAUUGUUGUCGACGCUCUCAAUAACGACACCCAUCACGCAGCAAUGCUAGAUGCCCUACUAGGUAUGAUCUCGUUGCAGGGUUGCGUCGGCUCGGCCACGGAUCUCGAAAAGGAGUUUCAGAUUCCCUGGCACCAGCACUUCCAGGCUGCCACCGACAUUGUCCAGAAGCUCGACCUGCCAACGAUACUGGAAAGUCUCUGUCAGACAGGAGGUCACCCGCCGUUCAACAUGACCUUGACGGCCUGGAUUGAUAUCCUUGGAGCGACCAUGCUGGGCAAAGCACCCAAGUUCUCCAACACCUACAGGAAUUUGUUCUUUGCCGGCGCCACCACGGGACUGGAACAGCUGAUGGGCUGCAACGACCUAGUGAUGUAUCUCCUGUCCGAGGUCGCCUGUCUGGACUCUCUCAAGCUCGAAGGGAAGCUGGACGACAUUGGAAUGUGCAGCCACAUCACCUCUCUCGCCCAGACCUUGGAUCAGAUCGAACCCACCGAACCUCCGCAGAUACCCUACUCCAAAUCGGGUGCUCUUCGACCGAAGCAACUUUCGAAGAACAUCACGGCGCUGUUCCGCAAAGCCGCUCGUAUAUACCUUUGCUCCCUGGUCCCAGACCAUAGUCGCUACCAACCAGCCACGGUCAAUCUCGUUGCACAAAUGGCCGAGCUUCUUCAGUAUAUCCCCUCCGGACCCACUGGCUUUGACCGAUGUCUCGUCUGGCCCCUGCUGAUUGGUGGUGCGAACUCGAUUCCCGCAUCGCCCUUCCGCAGGGCUCUUUCGGAGCGUUGCGACAUGCUAGGCGACGCGGCCGACCAUGGAGCCUUUGGCCGCAUGGUGCGCCUGUUGCACGAAGUCUGGAGGAGGAACGACGACAUGGUCAUCUCGGCUAGUGUAUGUGAAGCCACACCCGUGACGGCCGGAAGCCCUGGAGGGUCGAUUUCAACGCCGAUCGCCGCGGGCGCAGCCACAGCUACAACCGGAGCCUCCUUGGGCAACACAGCCUCUUCGACGACGACAGUACCGAGGAACCAGAACGUCCACUGGCGGGACGUGAUGCAGCAAAACGGAUGGGAUUUCCUCCUGAUAUGA